UUCGACGACAAGGAUGUUCUGAAACUUGUAUCUUACAAGAUUGUGAACAAGGUUGUGAACAAAUCUAUAGUUUUGGUUGAUGAUGCGGCUGAAUUUUUAUUAUUUAAUUUGCUUGUGUGUCAGUUGGAAAGAAAUGAAGCAAGUGAAGAAAAUGCAGCGAAGACGACGAAGAAGGUGUUUGUCGCCGGAGCAACUGGAAAAACAGGGAAGAGGAUUGUGAAGCAGUUGUUGUCCCAUGGCUUCGCCGUCAAAGCCGGUGUUCGCGAUGUGGAGAAAGCAAAAACAUCUUACAAAGACGACCCGUCUCUUCAGUUCGUUAGAGCAGACGUGACAGAAGGUCCUGAAAAGCUAGCUGAAGCUAUAGGUGAUGUGUUUCAAGCUGUGAUUUGUGCUACUGGGUUUUGUCCCGGGUUUGAUCUCUUUGCUCCUUGGAAGACUAAUAAUUUCGGGACGGUGAAUCUGGUGUUUGAGUGCCGUAAACAAGGAGUUGAUAAGUUUGUUCUUAUAAGCUCAAUUUUGGUGAAUGGAGCUGCGAUGGGACAGAUUCUGAAUCCAGCUUACAUCUUCCUCAACGUCUUUAGACUAACUCUGGUUGCAAAGCUUCAAGCCGAGAAGUAUAUCAAAAGAUCCGGCAUUAACUAUACUAUAGUAAGGCCCGGUGGUCUUAAAAACGAUCCUCCAGCAGGAAUCGUAGUCAUGGAGCCAGAGGAUACUCUGUCUGCAAGGAGCAUAUUAAGAGACCAGGUCGGAGAAGUUGCAGUGGAAGCUUUACUUCAUGAGGAAUUUUCUUUCAAGGUUGUGGAGAUAGUUGCUCGUCUGAUGCUCCAAAACUUUCCUACAAAUAUCUCUUUCCUACAAUCGAUCUCUUUGAAAAACUUUAAUUGGGAGAAAGAGAAGAUGAAGAGUGAAACCUUCGGCCCCUUAAUGAUGGACGUGAGAUAA